AGAAAAAUUAAAAAAAUGUAAUCGUUUUAAAGCUUGAUAAAAAUAAUUGACAAUUAUCUUGUAGUACACGUGAUUGCAUGAUGGAGUAGAUUGGUUGAUAAGAGGAUUUAGGUUUUUAUGAUUUAUAAUGCCACCUUCCCAGGUAUUAGAAUUGAAAGAGAAAGGAAAUGAGAGUUUGAAAAAAGGCAAUUAUGCCGAAGCCAUGAUCCAUUAUACCCAUGCAUUGAAAUUAGAUCCAAGUAAUUAUCAGCUUUAUAGUAAUCGAUCUUUGGCCUUUCUUAAAUUACAGCAAUAUUAUUAUGCAUUGGAAGACGCUAAACAAACUAUAAUUUACAAACCAGACUGGGCAAAGGGUUAUUUUAGGAAAGGAGAAGUGGAAUUUCAAACAGAACAUUAUUCUGAUGCCAUUGAAUCAUACAGGAAAGCACUACAGUUAGAAGACGAUCCAAAUUUAGUAGAUGCUAUAAGAAAAGCAAAACGUGAAUUAUAUUUGUUAAGAAAAGCUGAUGUUCAGUAUCCAUGGAUCGGAGCAGGUGUUGGUUUUAUAUUAGGAGCAUUGUUAGUGGCUGCAGAUAUUGUUAUCAAAGAGGAAUCAUUUUUACAGCAUCCAUUCUUAAAAGUAUUACUUAUUGUUGUGACAGUUUCUAUUUGUUAUGCAGUAACAAAAUGGCAUAGGUAUUACAAGUUUUAAUCAUUUUAUAUAA